GGCUCUGUUAUCACGCAGUGUUGGUUUGACGUGUGCUUUUGCUUUGCUGCCAUGUCGGUGUGGCUCAGAUGGUUGGAGGAGAAGUGUCCCCACCAUCGGUGCUUGGAUUGAAGUGUCCCCACCAUUGGUGCUUGGGAAGGUGAGGACUGCUCUAGUGCAGUUGGGGAUCUCACAGAGCAAAGGACGAGUGGUGAGUACAGCAAUCUGUGUCCAGUUGUGCGUGUAAUAGUGCAAAGAACAACUCAAGGCAUGGAAAAAUGAUGUUUUUCUACUGCUGAUUUCUGUAAAAAAGCAUUAUAACCUGGGUGCUGAUUUCUGCUGCUCUGGGUGGAAUCUGGAAUAGGUCAUGCAGCAUUUGUGGAGGUGCUCCUCAGUAUAGCUUCAGACAGAACUCAACAGUAGCAAUUCAUUUCAAACCAGAAAUAUUAUUUCUAGGACUGGAACAGGUGAAUUUACGUAACCAUUUCGCUUCAGUUACCCAGGAGUAUGUAUUCUGAAUCUGAUAAAGCACUGAUAAGCACCAAGUUGCUUUGGGAACGGAGAAAUUCAAUGAGUUGGGACCGAAAUAAGGAGUUUCGUCUUGAGAAGCAGUGGGUUUCUCACCAGUUCUGUGUGCGAUAGAAACUCAGACAGAUGCAUGACUCUGCCUUGCAGCAUCUUCAAAAGUUUCAUUUAUUUCCUGUGAUAGCAGAGUGAAAGGGAAACCUCUGACAGAAAAUCUUGAUAUUAACAGUUAAUGAAUGAGAGAUGUGAUCACAUUCUGCAGUGGGUGCCCUUUGCACACACUUCAGAGAGCGCAGGAGGCCCGGCAGCCUUCAAGGCAAACGAGUAGAGAUGGCUUCCUUCCUCUAAAAAGCAAAAGGAGUGUCUCUAGAGAGCAUCAGAUCCUGCGAUGGAACCACUGCAGAAGAACAAAACGAUGGGGGUGUUCCUGCCAGAAAGCAAUGGGGAUGGCACACGAGAUGGCACAGAAAUACCAGCUCCUCGCCAUGCUCUGCUCCUGAUCGGAUACUUAUUUUGUGAGGAUGGUUUCUAUUUCUCAUUCUGAAACAGAAGGGACGUCCUCAUGACAGGCACUGGGAGCAAGAGGUGGACAAGGAGAAGACAAACUACUUUGCCUGAUGCAGCUGAUGAGUUUACACAGUGAAAAAGCCACCUGUUCAUCUUUGACUCAUUCAACAAAGAAGUCACGUCAAAUACUAACUUGAAAAAUUCCUGAACUGAGCUGCGUCAACAACCAUGGACAACUUCAUGGCACCGCUGAGCGCCAUCGGCGACCUCACACUUCAGCACAGCAAAGCAAAGUUCCUUCACAGCAGAGUGAGCGGACCCUCCCGGCGCAAACGGGAGUUCAUGCCGGACGAGAAGAAGGACAACAUGUACUGGGAGAAGAGGCGCAAGAACAACGAGGCGGCCAAACGCUCGCGGGAGAAGAGGCGACUCAAUGACUUCGCCAUGGAGAGCCAGCUGGCCGCGCUCAGCGAGGAGAAUGCCAUCCUCAGGACGGAGCUGCUGGCCCUCAAACUGCGCUUUGGGCUCAUCAGCCCCGAUGCCAGCACCCACCAGGGCCGCUCCCUGCAGGACUUCCUGGGGAUUUAUUUCCGAGGGCACAAAGGGCCGUUCCCUGAAGCAGAGCCCUUUGCUGGGGAUUCCUGCCUCUUCACAAAGAGCUUUGUGCCGAAGGUGCUGGAGCCGGCCGACUUUCCAUGCAAAACCUUUAACCCAUCUAGAAACUUCCUUGGCUGUGACUCAAAGCCAGUUCCUAUGGACACAUUUGGCCUUCACCAACCAAAGAAGCUUGAUUCAGCCUUCAGAUCCACAGUUUGCUCUCCUUUCCUCGAUUACCACUGCCCAGACAAACAUGCGUUCCAUUUGUCUUUCCCAGGCAGUGCCUGCUUCUCAUCCCCUUGUCCUGGUCUGGCAGAGGUGAGCAAGGAGAGCACCACAACUGUCUCAGAUGAAGAUGAUGAGCAGCAAGUGCCCAAAACUUCUCCUCCACCCCCAUGUAGCUUGCCUUCCCCAUCAGAAGAUCACACAAAGGGCCAAAGCUCUUCAGCUCUGCCUCACAAACUCCGGAUUAAGACCAAAGCCCUCGGAGGACAGUGACCAUGGAUCCCUCUGUGGGAGCAGAGACAACCUCUAUGGGAGCAGACGUGAUAUAUUACAAUGACACGAAGUGUUUGGAAGGAGGGGUGGGAGGGAAAUGUUUUUAAAGAAGGAAGUAAUUUUUUCUCUUUGGCAUAAAUGCUGAGGGAAGUUAUAGGGCUGGGCUGCAUCACUACAGCACAACUGCAGUUGGCCAUGAUGUCAGUCUUGCUGUGAUGGACCUGUCAGACCCCAUGGCUGCUGGUAAGCUUCAGUUUCACCUGGUUGCUCUACUUGCCAACCUAACAAAAUCUUCAUAGCAUCACAUAAUGGGUUGGAGGGGACCUUAAAGAUCAUUUAGUUUCAAGAUCCAGCCGUGGGCUGGGUGCCCCCCACCAGAUCAGGCUGCUCAGGAUCCCAACCAAUCUUGAAGUGUGAAGGGACGAGGGGCAGGAAGAGGCAAAGAGGUGGUGCCCGCACCAUGCAACACAAUAGUGGCUCCACACCACUGCUACAGCUGCUGGGUGUGACCACCAUCUUAAUCCCUUUGCUUUGUCAUCACCUCCAUCUUCACAAACGGGGAUGAAAAUCUAAUUGUUUAACACUGGAAAUUGUGGAUGGAAAGAGUUUCAUACCCUCCAGCUGUCUGGAGCAAGAAAAAGGAAUAGCAGUAAGAAGGCAGCAGAUUCACACUGGCAUGAACUGAGAGCAGAACCUGGUCCAUUUCAUCCUCACUUUGUUGUAAUUUAUCUUCAGAGGGAAUGAACUCUUUUUCUCUUUGACUGUAGACAGCGUGGUCCAUAAGAUACAUUUAUUUCCAUUUAUUUUCAUAACAGCUCUUUUGGAGGACUAUUAUUAUUUUUUGUUUUACUGAAAAGUAAAACAUAUCUUCAUCCUACUUCUUUCCUUGUAAAUAAGGCAUUUUCAGAAAUGAUACUUCCGUAUUUGAAAAUUGCUUUUAUAAAACAUUCUCUUAACUUCAGCUGAAUUGUCCGAUCCAUUUUCUUAUUUUGAAAUUACUUACUUACAAAAUAAAACCGCUACGUGGCACACUGUUCUCACUGAAAUGUCUGUGGAAUGAGGACAAUUGUCAAGCAUUUUUCUAGAAAGCAUUUUAUACAUAAUGAAUAAAUGCACCAAUGAGAAAAGCGUAAAAGGAAAAACAAUGAUAUGUGAAAUGGGGUGUAAAAAUCCCUCACAUUGGCUCAGAACUGGGGGCCCUUAUUGCUGGGAGAGGCUGGGAAUGUUCAGCCUGGAAAAGAGGGGAUUCAGCUGAGGGUGAUCUGAUCAAUGUUUCUAAAUGUCUGCAUCACAGAAUCACGGAAUCACUAAGGUUGGAAAAGACCUCUCAGAUCCCCAAGCCCAACCCCAGCCCAUCCCACCAUGCCCUCUGACCAUGUUCCUCAGUGCCACAUCUCCAACAUCUCAAACAUCUCCAGGGAUGGUGACCCCACCACUUCCCUGACAGUCAGUGCCCAUGCGUCACCACUCCUGAGAAUAAGUUUUUCCUAAUAUCCAACCUGACCCUCUCCUGGUGCAACUUAAAGCCAUUACCUCUCAUCCUGUCACUGCAGGGAGGGUGCAAAGAAAGCAGCCAACCUCUUUUCAGUUGGAACACAGAGUUUCUUUCAAAUCAAGAAGCACUCCUGUGCAGGUUCCAAAGCAAUGGGUUGCCCAAGGAGGCUGUUGGGUCUCCUUUGGACACAACCUGGACACAAUCCUGGGCACUCUGCUCUGGGUGUCCCUGCUGGAGCAGGGGAUGGAUCAGAUGGAGCCAGAAGUCUCUG